AUGACUGGAUUUAGUGGUUACAUGUCUCCUAAGUAUGCCAUGGAAGGAAAUUUCUCAGUGAAAUCUGAUGUCUUCAGUUUUGGAGUGUUGGUCUUUGAAAUCGUGAGUGGUUGGAAAAAUACUAGCUUCUAUCAUCUUGAUCGUCCACUAAACCUAAUAGGAUAUGCAUGGGAGCUGUGGAAAGAAGGGACUGCAUUGGAAUUAAAUGAUCCAACACUAGGCAAUUCGUGCUCCGAACACCAUUUAUUGAGAAUCAUUCAUGUGGGACUUUUAUGCGUGCAAGAAAGUGCAGAGGAUAGGCCAACAAUGUCAGAAGUAAUUUCUAUGCUUAGCAAUGAAAUUGUGCCUUUACCAGCUCCAAAGCAACCAGCAUUUUUCACAGGAAGAAGUGUCCCUCAGGCAAUUUCUUCAGAAACUAAUGAAAGUAGCUCAAAAGAUUGUUCAAUAAAUGGUUUGACCAUUUCUGAAAUGGAGGCACAAUGAGUGGUAGAAACUUCUGUCCUUUUGAUGCUUCAAGUAUUUCGCAAUUGCUUUCAUAUUGUAACUGCUUUUGUGCAGAGUUGAAGUAUAUGUCAUGAUUAACUUUUUCAUUGGACAAUAAGUUUGAGGUUUGUUUAUUAUCAAAAUGAUAUUAGUUUUUUUUACUACAGCUA